AUGCCUCCCAUCCGUGCUGGUCUAACCGGUCUUUCCGGGUCGCCGCCGGACAAGUAUCAAGGGUUGGGCUGGGCUGCUAGCGCACUUUUGCCGUACCUCCUCGAUUCCGAAGCGUAUACUUUCGAUGCUAUAUGCAACACCUCGGUAGAAUCUGCUCGAUGUGCUGUCAGGCUACACAACUUGCCCGAUUCCACAAAGACGUACGGGAACGUCGAAGAACUCGCUGCCGACCCGGAUAUCGACCUCGUUGUAUCCUGCGUCCGCGUAGACAAACAUUACCCUACCAUAAUUCCUGCUCUACGCAACGGAAAGUCGGUUUUCGUGGAGUGGCCGCUUGGGGCCAACCUCCAAGAGGCGGAGGAGAUGGCGGCAUUUGCAAAGAGGAAUAACGCAAGGAGUUUGGUCGGUUUGCAGGGUGCAGUAUGUUCUGAUGUUCGGACGAUAGAGGAGCUGCUGACAGCAGGGAGGGUGGGCAAAGUGCUAAGUAGCUCCUCUACAUGUUCCAUGGGCAUUGGUAGUGCUACAGAGCAAUAG